AACUUGUACGAAGUUGACGUUCGUGCAUGUGAGCUUUUGUAAGAAAUAUUUUUGCUACAAACUGUCGCUACAAUGACGGAUGUGCAACAAACGGAACGGAACACCCGCGUAUCUUCCGAAACGGAAAACACUACACUCGUAAAAAACGAAGCUGCCGGCGGUGGUUCGUCCUCCGAUUCGUCGACGAAGAAAAAGAAAAGCCAGCGAUCAAAAGCCACCCAUCCACCUACAUCCGAAAUGGUGAAUAAUGCGAUUAAGACCCUUCAGGAACGCAACGGUUCGUCGCUUCAAGCUAUUAAAAAGUACAUGGCUUCUAAUUACAAAGUUGACGCUGAGAAGAUGGCUCCGUUUAUUAAGAAAUUCCUGAAGACCGCCAUCGCUGCAGGCGCUAUUGUCCAAACUAAAGGUAAAGGUGCGUCAGGAUCGUUUAAACUACCAUCGGCCUUUGCAAAAAAGUCUGGCAGAGCAAGGACUUCCUCCCUUAAAAAGAAACCUGCCGCCGCCGUAUCUAAAACGGCCAAAGCUCGAGCUAUCUCUACGAAGAAAUCCUCCUCAGCUGCGAAGGCAAAAACAACGCCGGUGUCCGGUUCCCCUGUUGUUGAAAGCAAAAAGAAGGCUGCGGUAAAAGCCAAAAAGUCGCCAACGGUCGGAGAAAAGAAAGUAACCAACUCUACUACUGCCGCAGUGAAAAAAACCACCACGGUUAGAAAAGCACCAUCCAAAGCUAAAAAAGUUACCAAGGGACCGACGAAAAAGCCGAAAGCGCCGAAACCUAAAAUCGCCAAGAAAGUCGCUGGUGGUGCUGCACAAUUGAAAUCGUCGUCCACGAAAAAGAGAAGUUUACCAAAAAGAAAAUGAGCUCUGCAGUUACAAUUAAGUGCUUUCUCACAAGCUGCCACACAAAGGCCCUUUUCAGGGCCAAUAAUGGUAUAACGAAAAAGAAUUCGAAAUAAUUUUAAUCUAUACAUAAUGUACUUCGACAGUAUGCAUCUUACAAUUAGUUCCAUUCGCAGUAGUUACCACUUGUGCGGUGGUAAUUGAAAAUUUCAAAUAAUUUUAUUUCUGGAAUAACCCAGAAUAGGGGCCAUAACGAAAAUAAAUUUAGAAAAUAUAAUACAAACUAUU